UACACACCAAGCCGAUGCUACAAACUAUCGCAGAUGGAAAGCAUGCCGUGAGGUCGGCUCACGUUGAUUGCGCCAGGGUCCGAAGUUUGCCUGAAACACCAAGCUGACCGUCGAAACUGGGGUGCUUCUCAGUUCUUAUUUGUGCAUCCUCGUUUCCUUUCCUCGCAUCUUAGCCCCACCCCUCCAGGAUUCGAGGGAAGCAUGCAAUUAAGGAGCGCCGCUUACGUACACCCCACUGCUGUGUUGGAUCUUGGUUUGGAGUCAAUAAUCUGUUGCAUCGGUUUUCGGAUCACCAGUGCACUGAACUUGAGAACCGUUUCUGUCGGACACAUUCUUUUUGGGAACCGAGGAUCUGAUGAUACUGAGCAUGUGUGAUUCAGCUUGAAGCUACCGAACAGUAUUCUGGAUAAUGCUGUGCUAAUGCUAUGAGCGCACAUGAACCGAGGACUUAAAUGAGGGGGCUAAUCUGGUGAAACAUGAGUUUAUUUAAUGAAUAAAUCAUGCUUUAACGGAGUAAAGUUAUGAUUACUGACUUUUUUAUUUGAAUGCAGAAUUUUUUUAUUGAAUGUUUAUCCCAGCCGGCCGAGAUGAUACGCUUGACACCAUUACGUCAUUGCAAAUGACAUCAUCACACUAGGGCGUAAAAGAAUCAGUGAACUGUUUAUUUUUUAUCGAUUUAUUUAAAUGAACUGUCUGAAGGAACCAGAUCACAGAAAAGAACCAGACUUCCCAUCACUACCAAGUAGCACGUUCGUUCUGCGCCAGGGUGAGAAAAAAAACUUUCCAUACCAGCAGAGCUUAUCAUGAUCAUAUUCAGAUCAUGCACAGAGAGACUGGGGCUCAGAAGGUCAGGACCCCCUCAAACUUUCCGAAGCUGACAUCACCAAGGCGACCAGCAUUCCAAUGAGGCUAAUUGUUGUGCAUUUCGAUAUGUCAGAAGGGAGAUGUCUGAGGCAGCACCUUCAUUUACAUAGCAUAUGUUAACUCGCAGGCCCUGCUGCAAGUCUUGAACACUGUAAUGCCUUUGUAGGAUGACAACUCUGAAGAGGAGAUCAGUUACCCUGUUACUGACAUACCACCUCAUGAUUCCAUGACAGAUGGCAGAUCUGACAGUGAAGAGGAGAUCAGUUACCCAUGCAACAUUGACACACCACCUCAUUGUUGCAUGAUGGAUGGCAGAUCUGACAAUGAAGAGGAAAUCAGUGACCCAUGCAACAUCAGCACAUCACCACAACAUAUUAUGGAUGAUGAAUCUGCGAGUGAAACUGAGACAUGGGACCAACACAACACAAAUGACACAGCGACGGAUCAUUACAUGGAUGAAGAAUCUGACAGUGAGCAUUAUGAACUACAAAACUGUCAUAUGACUCCACCACUAGACCCCACAAUGGAUGCUGCAGCAGGUGGUGAUGCACAAGAUGACAGUGGAGAGAACCCAAAAUCUGUGAAAGAGAAGAUCUACCCCAGUGCAAAGAUUAGUCAUGAAGAAUCUCUACUGUCAAUUUUAUGUUAUGCUCUUAGGCACACCACAACAAAAUCUGCCCUUAGUGAUUUAUUAGACCUUAUUAAUCUACAUUGUCCAGAAGGAACCAAUGGAGUACCCAGUAGUCUUUAUAAGUUCCUCAAAACCUUUGAUUGCAACUCUUUUGAAAUUAUGUGCAUUUGCCCUAAAUGUCAUCAUUACCUUGGUAAUGAAGUCCCAGAUUGUUGUGCCUCAUGUGGUUCUGAACUUGGGGAUAUGAACUCACUUGUUAAAUCAGGCAACAUUUUUCUGAAAGUAUCAAUUAGAAAACAACUGGAAGAAAAGAUGUUAGAUACAACAUUUAGAGCAGCAUUAGAUUACAAAUGGACCAGGGGUAAAAGCAGCCCAGAUAGUGUCCAAGAUAUAUUUGAUGGUGCCAUGUAUAAAUCUGUAGAUCCCUUGAAUGAUCCAGACCAGUUUAACCUUUCACUUACUUGGAAUAUUGAUGGUAUUCAUAUUUUUAAAUCAUCUCCCUUUCACAUUUGGCCAAUCCAAAUCAUAAUCAAUGAGCUUCCCCCACAUAUGAGAAGCAGGCAUGUGCUGCUGGCUGGUUUGUGGUUUGGUGCUUCUAAGCCCAAAAUGAAUGAUUUUAUGCAGCCCUUUGUCGAUGAAUGCCUUCUGCUAGAGCAGGAAGGUCUGACAGUAGUGCACAAAGGACAAAGCUUGAAUAUCCAUGUGUUUAAUCUAGUCUGUGUGUGUGACUCAGUUGCGCGCUGCGCUGUCCAGAAUGUAAAACAAUUUAACGGGGAACAUGGAUGUAACUGGUGUUAUAAGAAGGGCGAAAUUGUUGCCUAGGGAAAUGGAUUCACAAGGGUAUACAGUUCAGAAAGUGGAGAUUCAAACACACGUACCCACAUCCAGCAUUUUGAUGAUGUAAGAACAGCAGUUACAACAGGCACAUGUGCUCGGGGAGUCAAAGGGCCAUCACCUUAAAUGCUUUUAACAUUUUUUAAUAUUGUACUAGGAUUUGGAUAUGACUACAUGCAUGGGAUUUUACUGGGUGUAUGUCGCCAAUUGACAACACUGUGGCUUGAUACAAAGUACCAUGCAGAGAGCUGGUAUAUUGGAAGAGACGUCAUGGCCAUUGAUAAACGACUGCUUGAAAUUAAGCCACCAGAGUCAAUAUUACAAGACCCCCACGAUCUAUGAAGUUACGCAAGUUCUGGAAGGCCUCAGAAUACAGGAAUUUUCUUUUGUUUUAUUGUCUUCCAUGCUUAAGUGGCAUUCUACCCUGCCAGUUCCUUGAACACUUACUGUUGCUUGUACAAGGUACUUACUGUCUGUUAAAAGAUAACAUUUCUUCACAAGACAUAGAUAUAGCUGAGUAUCUGUUAAAAACAUUUGUGAACAGUUUUGAGAAACUGUAUGGGAAAUGUCAUGUCAGCUUCAAUGUGCACAUUUUAGAACAUGCUGCACAGUCUGUGAGAAACUGGGGUCCACUAUGGUGCCAGAGUGCUUUCAUUUUUGAAAGUCACAAUGGCAACCUGCAAAAGCUCUUUCAUGGCACCCAAGCAGUUCCAGAGCAAAUUGUCAAUGCGUUUUUUCUUUUUCAGAGUGUUCCAAGACUUCUGACAAGCGUUUACAGCAACAGUAUCAAACAACUAAGCAAGGACUUUGUUGAAUGUAUGCUACAUGGUUACAAACUUGCCAAAAACUGUGUGAUUAAAACAAAUGUAGUCUUCCUGGGCUCACCAAUUGUAAGACCACCAACACCAAGAGAGGCAUAUCUUCUCAGCGAACAUGGCAUUCAUGUUCAUCAGUGUGCAUUUUAUGCAAGGGCGUUAAUUAAUGGAAACAGGUUUCACUCAAAAACAAGCACGACACUAUCUCGAAGAAUUAACCAUGCUGUUCUUACAGAAAAUGGGGAAGUGGCAAUGGUGCGGUCGUUUGUUGAUGUGGGGCUUGACACAGGCUACACCUUUAUUGAUCCAGUUAUCACUGCCAAAUUUAGCAUGGUUAAAGACAGACAAACAGGAACUACUGUCUCUGGGAUAGUUAAGGACAGCUGUAUUUCAAGUGAUGUCAAAUUAAUUAAGUGCUCUGAAAUCAAAACAACUUGUGUGUACUUGAAAAAUGUUUAUGGAGUACAUAAUUUACUUUGCAUUCAACCUAACAAAUGGGAAGUUGACUAAAUAGACAUUAUGUAAAGUAAUACUGUUCAAUAUAGUACAGUAAUUUGUACAUAUCUGUCUAAUAUAUUCAAACUUAAGUUUAUUUUUAGCAAGUGUUUAAUACACAUUGGUUACUGUGUUUGAGUCCACAUUUAGUACAAUGUGUUUUACAUUUAAAAAUAUUUUCAUUUUGGAACAUGGCCUGCUUAUUUAUUUUUUGUGAGGGUUUUAAUUGUCAUUGUUGGAUGGACAGCCUUCAAAACAUUGUAUGAGAAAGUUUAAAGUGCACUUUGGACCAGAUUCUUGGCAUGAUUGUAUAGCAUACGUUAUUAAUUUCCGCAUAAUGUCGUUUUCUUAACAUUAUUUGAAAACGUUAUGUGUGACAUGUAUAAACUGUUUUUAACAUAUUUUACAAUACGAUAUUUCAAAUCCAUAAAAUUUUGCAAAUAAAGUGCUAUGUGAAGAACU